AUGGAUUCCGAUAUCAUCGGCAAACUCAAAAAUUUCGAUCUAUCAUCUAAGGAGGGUAUAGGGGUCACCCUAUCUAAUAACGACAUCUCCCUGGGCAUUAAGGAGUGCUCACGCAGUCUUAUUGGCAAAAUCCAUGGAGACAAUCGUAUUAACUUCAAUGGACUCAAGGAAACGUUAAUUCACAUCUGGCGAACACAACAACCAUUUACAGUCCGGCUCGUGGGAUACAAUCUCUUCCAAUUUGUCUUCCAGUCUGAAGAAGAUAAAAAGAAGGUCCUCUUGGGGAAAACUUGGAGCUUUGAUGGGCAAUACAUAAUUCUGAAAGAAUGGACUGCAACCAACAUUAAUUGGCAGGAUGAAGCUAAAGUCGAUCUCUGGGUUCAAAUUCAUGGUCUCCCACUACAUUGGAUUUCAGUAGACACAGGGAUCAAAAUUGGCAAACUCUUUGACAAGGUAAAAGAUGUUUAUGUUCCUGAUUCCGGCAGCAUUACUGGUAGAUGGAUCAAAAUUUUAGCCCAGAUCAACCUCAAUGAACCCCUACUCUGUGGAACUAAGAUAAAAUUGGGUGAUGAAUUGAUUUGGGUUGACUUUAGGUACGAAAAUCUACAGUCUUUUUGCUAUUAUUGUGGGAUUGUUGCUCACGGGGAACGUGAUUGCACUCGGAAAAAAGAGGAUCUCAAAAGAAAUGCGCUAAACACUGGCCAAUUUGGCGAGUGGCUCAAAGCCUCCUUUACUUUCUCAUCUGCCAAUCGUGCUCGGUAUCAGUCUGAUAGAACUUCCUAUAAAUCAGGCAGCUCAGGAAAACCUUCUGAGGAAGAAGAAUCCAAUAAAACACCUACUCCCCAUAUGGCUAUUCCAAACUCUAUUAAGGCCACUUCUAAUCCUCAAACCUCUAAUGCUAUACCUUGCCUUAACAAAACCACACAGGCUGAAAUCCAACCCAUGGUUGUUGAACCAAUUGCUUUGUCCCCCCAACCUGCUAUCAAUGAUAUCCCUCUCGUUGAUGUCCAAAUCCUCCCAGCCCCUACCCAAUUCAAACCUCUACCGACAAGAUUGCUAACCCCUCUUAUGCCCGCCGAGGGGAAAAAGGUGAAUCAAAAUCGAACAGAAAUUCCUCGCUGUCAGUGUGCGUCUCGUUUGAUCGAAAGUGGUAGAAGUUCACUGAUGGUCUCGUCGGUGCUAGCCCGAGGGUUCCAGCGUACAACGGGGCUGAAUUUGAAGGGCUUGUGA